GAAAAACACAGCAAAUGCCUUUUCCUUUUUUAAAAUCCAAUCUCAUCCUCUGAGUGACAAAGGAGAAGAGAUGACGCUGUUAUCGGAUGUGAUUGAGUUUCAGUAUGGAUCUGGUCGUGACCUGCAGCAGGAGGAGGGGGUGCUGACGCGCGCGCACAGCAGCAGAGGGACGCGCGGGAGCGCAUAAAAGGUGGAUGAUACCUGAGUUCAUCCCAAACACUGAACACUGACCACAGAGACACCUCAGCUGCUCAAACACACCGAGGAACAGAAAAAACAUCAAGAUGCAGAGGUGUUUCGGGAUAUUCUGCGUGUCGCUCAUCUUCUGCGCAGCUCUCUCUGAGACCAUCGGACUGGUCAUCGCGGCGAAGGAGAAACGAGGCUGGACACUGAACAGUGCUGGAUACCUGUUAGGUCCCCAUGGAAUAGACGGACACAGGACUCUGGGAGACAAGGCCGGUCUGGCUGGAAAGAGGGACAUGGGCCAGGAUGAGGACUUCAGAACAGGUACUCUGAGAAUAGGAGAUGGAGACGUCAUCCACACCAUAAUUGACUUUCUGUCGUACCUCAAACUUAAAGAGAUGGGAGCGUUGGACACCCUGCCAUCCUCUGUGACAUCAGAAGAACUGGCCAAUCCCUAAUCUUUAAUAUGUCUGUUUCUGCCCCCCAUGUCUCCUAACUGUAGCUCCUGUCACUCUCUGAACUGAAUUAGUCAUGCUGCCAAACACCUGAUUCUUUAACAGAGAUCAACUGUUCCCCAAAAUCUAAUAAAAAAUGAUAUGAAA